UGACCGGAAUUAGGGGUGGCCGGAAAGUAGGGUACUAGACUUAUUGGAAAGGACUGAUGUCUAGCUUCUUGACAAGCUAAAUACUUUAUUAAUAAUAAUGAAAUGACUUCUCAAAAACUAGCAUGACUAAUCAAAACAUGACCGAAUUCGCUCAUGAUUUUUCCUCAUGCAAUAUGGUUGUAUUUUACAUAUUCGACAUCCCACCUGAUUUCUCGAGUACAAGAAAAUUCCCGUACCAGAAUCAGCUGAAAACCAUCACCGAACUUACCCGCAUAGCUAGCAAACAUUUUAUCAUUGCGCCGAGGAAAGAGACAACAGUCAGUGCUCACGUGAUAUCAUCCAAGUCUUUCGAGCGCCACGGAGUCCAUACGAGCCUCACCGUUGUAUCGAAAGGGCGAUGCCUUCCGACUCUCUCAGGUACGUUUGUACCUGCAACCAGCCUGGUCUCGUCCUUCUCUUCUAUCGCUACUUUACCUCUCCGCCCCAACUCCCUUCACAACACUACCCACUUUCCCUUCAAGGCUUGCGUGAUUUCCAAAAGUCAACAUGCGAAACUUUAGGCCUUACCGGUAAAAUCCGGGUUGCAAAGGAGGGCUUCAAUAUCACUGUUGCGGGUACGAUAUCGAACGUCCAUUCUUAUAUCGAGUCGUGUAUAUCCCAUUGGUCGUUUGCCGGGCUAGAUCUAUCUUUAACCAAUGGAAAGGGAGUUCAAGAAUUUUUCAAACCUACAAAAGGUUGUGCGUGUGUUUUCACGAAUUUAAGUAUCCGUAUCACGGAUGAGAUUACACCGCUGGGGAUCACGAAUUAUGAGCCCAAAGAUUGGAACACGGUGACUUAUCUGAGUCCUGAGGACUUCCACAAUAUGGUUGCUGCUGCGACAAAUGGGGAUGGAGAGAAAAUGCUACUUGAUAUACGCAAUCACUACGAGUCACGGAUUGGAUAUUUUGCGGCACCAGAGGGGUCUGGUAUCCAGACUUUAAAGCCACAGGUUAGGAGAUUUUCGCAGUUCCCUGCAUUUGUAAAGAGACAUAUAGAUAUCACUUCUCGUUCUUCAUCUGAAAACAAGAAAGAUGAGAGUAGUCCUGGUAAAACGGUUUUCUCCUAUUGUACAGGCGGCAUUCGCUGUGAGAAAGCGACAAGGUGGAUUGCGGAAAAUGUGGAGCAAACUCGGCAAGACAAAAUCUACACCUUGAAGGGAGGUAUAUCGGGAUAUGUGGCUUGGUUUGAGGGAGAGAUGAUGGCUGGUAGGAAGAAAGAAGAUGAAUGUUUAUGGAAGGGGAGAGAAUAUGUUUUCGAUGGAAGGGGUUCAUUGGGGUUAGUUAAUGCAAAGGAAAGGAAGAAGGUGGCGAAGUGCCAUGGAUGCGGGAAGGAGGAGGAUAGAAUGGGAAAAUGUGACAUGGAAGGAUGUGAGUUAGUAUUGGUGGUUUGCGAAGGCUGUGACGGUAUCAACUGCUGUAGUAGUUGUGGGGAAGUAGAUGGGAAGGGGAAGAGAAUGGUUUGUGAUUGCGAAAGGCAAAGGGAAUUUGGGCUAUGGGGGAGCAAGGGUAUGAGAGGCGUCAAAGGUGUUUCAGCGAAGCAAAAUAAAUUAGAUGAACGGGGAAAGAGACAGGCUAUAAUUGAUAACAUAGAUAUUAGAGUCAAGACAAUAAAAUAAGACAGUUCGGGAUUUCAUCACUCCAUACAUCAAACAAGGUAUUCUGCACCCGUUCAAUAAAGCUCAAGUGGGCAUCCCUGGUCGACACUCUUCUUGGGCAUCUUCUCAACAAUGACCUCUUUCGUCAGCUUCAUCAACUGCUCGCCUAGAUCUUCGUCUUGAGACAACUCGCUUCCUGGCUCGGGGAUUGCUGGUGGACAGAUAUACAAUCCACUUUUUUCCACCGCAGUACUGGCGUACAAGGUACUGACACAACCAUCCCAUUGAUCUUUCUUCAAGGGCUUCAUGAGGACAGACAUGCCAUACCCGA